GUUGGGUCAUAAAUGGGCCCUGAGGUUUAGUAGGGAGAAAGAGGUGUUCAUCAUUUUAGUAAACCCUAACAAACAAACUCGAGUCGAGUGGGUCGGGAGAUGGAGGUGGAGGUGGAGGUGGAGUCGCAGCAAAAUCGUCAAGCUCAGAGAUUUGGUCUGAAGAACUCAAUUCCGACCAACUUCGGCUCUGACUACGUCUUCCAGAUUGUCCCAAAAGUGGAUUGGACAGCAAUCGCGGUGUCCUUGUCGACCAACACCGUUAAGCUGUACUCGCCGGUGACAGCUCAGUACUACGGGGAAUUCAAAGGACACACGGAUACAGUGAAUCAAAUAGCGUUUUCAUCGGACCUUCUUCACUCUUGCUCCUCGGAUGGUACCAUCAGAUCUUGGGACACGCGCUCUUUCCAGCAGGUAGCGUGUAUUGAUGCUUCUGAUAAUGGUCAAGAGGUUUUUAGCUUCUCCUUUGGAGAUCAUCUCCUCGCUGCUGGAUGCAAGGAGCAGGUUUGUCUUUGGGACUGGAGAAACUCUAAGCAAGUUGCUUGUUUACAGGAAUCCCACAUGGACGACGUCACUCAGGUACACUUUGUUCCUAACAAUCGGAACAAACUUGUUUCUGCCUCUGUUGACGGUUUGAUUUGUCUCUUCAACACUGAAGGUGAUAUCAACGACGAUGACCAUCUCGAUUCUGUGAUCAACGUGGGAACCUCAGUUGGCAAGAUAGGUUUCCUUGGUGAUUCCUACCAAAAGCUCUGGUGUCUCACUCACAUUGAAACCCUUAGUAUCUGGAACUGGCAAGAUGGAAGCUGUCAAGUCAACCUAGAUAAAGCUCGGGAGCUCGCUUCUGAUUGUUGGAGUCAAGAUAAUGUUGACUAUUUUGUUGAUUGCCAUUGUCCAGGAGGUGACGACUUAUGGGUGGUAGGUGGAACCUGUGCAGGUACCGUCGGUUAUUUUCCGGUGAACUAUAAAAGCCCUGGAUCUAUAGGCCCUGCUGAAGCCAUUCUUGGUGGAGGUCACGUAGAUGUCGUCAGGAGCGUCCUGCAGAUGCCUAGCGAGUAUGGAGCAUCCGCAGGUUUAUUCGGGUGGACUGGGGGUGAAGAUGGACGCUUAUGUUGCUGGAAGUCCGAAGAUAAUUCUGCUGCUGGGAACAGCAACAACCGGUCUUGGACUUCAAGCGAAUUGGUCGUUAAGCCCUCAAGGAACCGCCCAAAAAACAGACACUCUCCUUACUAAGGAAAUGCAUACAUUGUUCUGUCCUCUUGGGUGUCUUUAUUGUUGUAACAGUAACCAAGACAGUUGCUUGAGCUUGAGAUGUGUGUUAUCCUCUCUCUUCAUAUUUUUUUGGCAUUUUCUUUAAAUGAAAGUUUGAAAGAUCUAAUUUUCAAA